UUAAAGAUGGCGGACUGCCUGGCUGCACGCCUGGCUGCCCAGGAGGAGCAAAUUCUGCUCCUCGCCGGCGAAAUAUCCGUCCUUCGUGACGGGAUAAACCGAGAUUUAGGCCCUGCAGGGGACGCGGGGGUGUCCUCGCAGCUGGAGGAGCUGAAGUCAGAGAAUGAAAAGCUCAAGUACCGGCUACUGCACCUCCGCCGGGGUCUGCGGGCAGAGCUGGAGCUCGAGCAGGGCAAGAGUUCACAGGCAGGGGGCGAGUGUGCCAAAGCAACCGGGGGCAUCGUCGUCAAGGGAGGACAGGCGAACAACAAAGCGACUAAAAAGGUUGUUGACAGUUCAGACCGCCAGUCACGUUCUGAAAAAAAUAACAAGGAAAAGAAGCAAACAAAAGAACAAUCAGAUGGAACUGUGAAAGAGUUGAAGGGUUGGCCCUCAUUUGUUGACGAACGCCUCAGACUGUAUGAAGAACUGAAGAAGGAGAGUGACGCCCUCCAGGCAAAGAAAGCUUUGGACGGUAAGCCUAUCAAUGUGGAGCUGCCCGACGGACGUCAGGUCACGGGCACGUCCUGGAUCACCACCCCGUACCAACUUGCUUGCGACAUCAGUCAGGGUCUAGCUGACAAUGCAGUGAUAUCUCGAGUCAACGGAGAGCUGUGGGACUUGGACAGACCCCUGGAGCGUGAUUGCUCAUUGGAGAUCUUGCGCUUUGAUAAUGAGGAUGCCCAGGCAGUGUACUGGCACUCAAGUGCUCACAUACUGGGCGAAGCAAUGGAAAGCUUCUAUGGUGGCUGUUUAUGUUACGGACCCCCCAUAGAAAAUGGCUUCUACUAUGACAUGUUUCUGGAUGGUACAAAGAGCGUGUCCAGCACUGAGUUUGGAGAACUUGAGACCUUGUGCAAGACGGUAGUGAAGGAGAAACAAGCUUUUGAAAGGCUUGAGGUUACCAAGGAAACACUGCUGAAGAUGUUUAAAUACAACAAAUUCAAGUGCCGCAUUCUAAAUGAGAAGGUCACCACACCGACGACUACAGUUUACAGGUGCGGCCCCCUUAUAGACCUCUGUCGAGGUCCUCAUGUGAGGCACACAGGCAAGAUCAAAGCCAUGAAAAUCUACAAGAACUCUGCGACCUACUGGGAGGGUCGCUCAGACAUGGAAACCCUGCAAAGGAUAUAUGGGAUCUCUUUCCCUGACUCCAAGAUGCUCAAAGAGUGGGAACGCUUCCAGGAGGAGGCCAAGAAUAGAGACCAUCGUAAGAUUGGCAAAGACCAAGAGUUGUUCUUUUUCCACGAUCUCAGUCCUGGGAGUUGCUUCUUCCUGCCGCGUGGAGCUUACAUUUACAACACGCUCAUUGAAUUCAUCAGGGAAGAGUAUUGGAGAAGAGGCUUCCAAGAAGUGGCAUCUCCCAACAUCUAUAACAGCAAGCUGUGGGAGACAUCUGGCCACUGGCAGCACUACAGUGAAAACAUGUUCUCGUUCCCUGUGGAAGAGGAGACCUUCGCAUUGAAACCCAUGAACUGCCCCGGGCACUGUUUGAUGUUUGGCCACCGGCCUCGCUCGUGGAGGGAACUACCCCUCAGGUUGGCUGACUUCGGGGUCCUCCACCGUAACGAGCUGUCUGGAACGCUCACUGGGUUGACCAGAGUGCGACGUUUCCAGCAGGAUGAUGCUCAUAUUUUUUGUACCAUGGAUCAGAUCGAGACUGAGAUGAAGGGCUGCUUGGAUUUCCUGCGCUGUGUGUACAGUGUGUUCGGUUUCUCCUUCCAGCUUCAUCUCUCCACUCGACCUGAGAAGUACCUGGGUGACAUUGCUGUGUGGAACCAAGCUGAGAAGCAAUUGGAGAACAGCCUCAUUGAGUUCGGCGAGCCGUGGAAACUCAACCCCGGAGAUGGCGCUUUCUACGGACCCAAGAUUGACAUUAAGAUCAAGGACGCCAUAGGUCGUUACCACCAGUGUGCUACCAUUCAACUGGACUUUCAGCUUCCCAUCCGCUUCGACCUGACCUUUGUGGGAAAGGAUGGUGAUGAUAAAGCUCGCCCAGUUAUCAUCCAUCGUGCCAUCUUGGGCUCCGUAGAGCGAAUGAUUGCUAUUCUGACGGAAAACUACGCUGGGAAAUGGCCUCUUUGGAUCUCUCCCAGACAGGUGAUGGUGGUGCCUGUCAACCCGACCUGCGAGGAAUAUGCUAGGAAGGUAUGCAAGCAGUUUACAGAUGCAGGCAUGAUGGCGGACGCUGACCUCGACUCUGGGUGCCUUUUGAAUAAGAAAAUCCGCAAUGCUCAACUAGCCCAAUAUAACUUCAUUCUGGUGGUCGGUGAGAAGGAGAAGAUGACCAGCAGCGUCAACGUGCGCACCAGGGACAACAAAGUUCACGGCGAACUAUCUGUGGCCGAGACGUUGGCGCGGCUGAGUCUUCUCAAGCAGGCUCGUUGUAGAAAUGCAGAAGAGGAGUUCUGA